AUGAUGUUGGCAAGAGAAAUCUGGAUUUCUAUUCUUUUAAUCUGCACAACGAUUGCCAAAGCCCAAAACAUUACUCAGUGUGCUUCUUCUUGUGGUGCUGUUCAUGAGAUCAGCUUUCCUUUUAGAUUGAAAGCAGAUCCCCUGAAUUGUGGAGAUUCCAGGUUUGAGCUUGAUUGCCAGAACAAUCGUACUGUCAUAAGUUUGAACCCGAGAAGAUAUUACGUGCUAGAAAUCAACUAUCAUGUAUUCUUGAUCAGAGCAAUUGACCCUGGUUUGAAGCAUCAGACGAGGAACUGUACUUCUUUUCCUGAUUACUUUGACACAUCUGUUCCUCGUACCUCAACAUUUGGUAGAGCUUUAACUGCUGAAUAUCAUUAUCUGAAGUCAACUUCUGGUGCUGCUGUAAUUAUUGAAUAUCAUGAGAGGAACAUUCCCAUAAUCAAUGUCAAUUGUUUAGCUCCUGUAAAUUCCUUGCGCUAUGUGGAGACUACCUACUGUGGUUCACAACACAAGACUCCUUUCCUGAAUACUUCACAAAGUCAUAGUUGUUUCGCCAUUGGACAGGACAUGUCAAUUUCGGAUUUGGCUGAGAAAUGCAGCUGGGAAAUGGUGGCCUGGGCCUCAGCACAUGGUCUUUCAGGGGACAAUACUUCUCUAUCGGACAUUCAUGCAGCCUUGACAUACGGGUAUGAGCUAUCUUGGAAGCGUGCCUUCUUGUGUAGAGAAUGUGAAGGCUAUUGUUUUGCGGAAGGCGGUGGCUUUAUUUGCCAUCGCUGCAAGGACAACUCUGGGGUGAAUCUCUGCAUACCUUGUAAGUCUACAUUCAUUUCGAGUUUCACUAUGUUCAAGUGGAAUCCCUUUUCAAAUGUUCUAUUUUACAAAAUUCAUCCCUGA